AUGGAGUGUGCUGGACGCGCUUUGGGAUUCUGGGCAUAUCAGAGCACUCAAGAGAUGUAUGUUCGAGGCGUGGUGACAGUUUUCCUUACUGCUGCUGAUUUCCUUGUCAGAUUCUACCAAGAGUUCCUUGGGAAAAGUCUCACCGAGAAAUACGCAAGCCUGAACACUGAAAUGGAUAAAAUCAUUCAUAACGCCAACUCGGAGAUUGCAACUCUCCAUGGCAAGGUCUCUGACCUGCAAGCUGCUUCAGAAGAGUUGGAGAAGAAGAAUCAAGAAUUGAUCGGCCUCAAUCGGGAAAAAUCCAAAAAGCUCUCCCAGAUGACAAACCUUUACAACCUCCUUAAAGCACGCGCAAUGCGAACCCAGCUGCAGAGUGCUGCCUCGGACACAGUAUCUCAAACGAUCAACACAUUUUCAACUCGAACAGAACCCACCGCAUCAAUCUCCUUAACUGGUAACAACGGGCAGCUAAAAUCUCGAACCCCGGGUGCUCACAAGGCAGCUGUGUUCCCCGUCAGUCCGGAGGGAGUCGAGCAGCUGCAUCGAUACCAGCGCAGCGGUACAGGUAGCUCCAGACAAGUCGGCAAGAUAACACCUGGUGGGACUGCGAUGGCUCCAAAAACAGGCAAAUCGAGUUCGAAACAACCAUAUGGUGAGUAG